CCAUAAGCGGACAUGAAAAAGUUACAAAAACGGAACUUAAAAAAUUGAUAAAAAAAUCCAACUAAGUAAAAUCACCGCAAAUGUUUCGAACAUUGAACAGUUUAAAGUGCAUGCGAAAAUUUUGAAAAAUCACUGACCUUCUCAAUUCGCAAAUUUUACUACCCCUCAUGGCGGACAGAUGUCACCGUGUGCGAAUUUUCAAAUUACUAAAUAAAAACUGUUAAAAGACGUCAUAAAUUUGAAGUUCGGUUUCGUACGCUUUUAUUAGUGUGACAGUCGACGAUGUAUUCACCCCGUAGUGCCUUCAAUCGUUCCCUGUCUUCGCCCGAUUUGUCAUGCCUGAACGAUAAGAUUGAAGGAGGGGGGUCGGUUUUGCGGCGAGUCCAAAUUGUUGAACAGCACUUCACUGGUAAUUUUCAACCAAUUUCAUACCGACAAAUCAGCUGUGAGCAAAUUUAUGAUCCAAAAAAUUGUGCCCUUGCGUUACCACGAAGCGGUGGUCUACAGACGGAUUUUGUAUCCACCCCUAACAUAUAUCCUUCAAUAGAUACCAUAAAUUUAAAUGUAAAACCUGAAUGGCCUCAAAUUGAGGAUAUUACACCUAUGGAUAUUGAUGAACAAUUAACUCCAUGUCAAACAAAACAGGACAUGCAAGAAAUAAACGUCGGCGAACACCGAAAAAGGCGCAUAAAAAAUCUAAGAACCAAUGAAACUAUUGACCUAACUGAUACAUCAAUGGAUGAAAUGAAUCCAGAUGGUGUAAAUGCAACUGUAAUAAAUAAAAAUGUUGACCAACCACGUAAAAGGAUAAUUAAAAAUUUAAGAACGAAUGAAGUUCAAACAAUUGGAACAAGUGAUACAGAGAUAGAGAACAGAACAGUCUUGACAACCAUACAGCCACAGAAAAAACAGUCAAUAUUUAGUUUUGUCACUAAACUUAUUGUUCUAGUUGGGAUUGUAGGUCUUAUUAUAGUAGUGUUGCAAUCAUUUUUCAUUUUCGAAGACCAUGACAAACAACUGGCACAAAUAAAGUUGAAUUUAACUGACCAAGUUAUAGGGCAAAACAUUGCCAUUAAAGCAAUAAUUCAGAGUUUGGAAACUAGAAACAAUCGACCUAAAAAUAUAAAAAAUUUAAAAAUUAUUGGUUUAAUUGGAACCUCAGGAGUGGGCAAGACAUUUAUUGCUAAUAUUUUAAAGGCAAAUUUUAAAGCUCCCCUGAUCCAUGACAUGGUUGGGCAUGACUUGGGUAAGGUACAUAAGGAAAAGACUAUUGUUAAAGCAAUACUUCCCAGUGCUUGUAAUUUGGUUGUGAUUGAUGAUCUAAUUCAUGAAGAUUCAGAAGCCAUGUUCUCAUUUGUGGAUAGUUUACCCAAGGACUGUUGCAUAACAGUUUUAAUCAUUUACAACAUUCAUACAACUGACAAUGAUUUGAAUUAUUCUGUAAAUUAUAAAGCUAUUGAUGUAAUUCGAAAGGAUUUUGAUGAAUCUAAAACAGAUCAUGAACUCGUUGUUUUAAAUGAGUUUGAUGAUAGUAUUGCUGAAGAGUAUUUACAAAACAUUUUGAAAGCUAAGGGUGUUCCUAAAAAUAUGUUUAAAGUAAUAAUUGGUCAGAUACUAAAAGUGCAUAAUGUAAAAGCACAUGGACUGAAAGGCUUGCAUUCAAAAGUUUUAACUUUUAUUGAAAGCCUGAAUAAAUUUUAGCUGGACUGAAUAAAGUGUGUUAUUUUAUACUGUUUUUUUUAAAUCUGAUAAUAGCAAAUGUUAUUUAUACUGUUUGUACUUUGACUAAAUAAAUUAUGUUUAUAUUAAGUGUA